GGACCCGGUCAGCCUGUCCCAGGGCAAGGGAGGGCUCAGCAGGGAAGGGGGAGUAGCAGAGGAAGAGCCCAGGGAGAAAAGAGAGAGUCAUUGGGGGCAGGAGGGGGGAAUACAGAAAAAGCUGGCAACCCAGAGUGGUUUGAAGGCAGCCGGUGGGCACUGAAGAAGACAAGGAGGGCGAAUGCCAAGAGGAAGCAGAGGGUGGAGGAGCAGAAGCACCUCUCGGGCAAGGAAAGGAGAAGAGGGUGACGGAUUGACAGAGGAGAAGGUUGCCAGAAAGACCAGUGCCGGGGGGUGAUUGGACCAUUGUGUGGGUGGGUGGAAUGAGAGGGGAAAGCCACUACGAAGGGGGAGAGGGUUGAGGGAAAGCAGUGAUGGCAAGACCGGAGAAGGGGUUUUGCAGGGGAUGGUGAACCUCCAUAAAGGGAAACAAGAGAGAGAAGAAAGAAGGGGGUCCCGUCAAGCAGAAAAAGGGACUCCGGAAGAGUCCGAGGGAGAAUGGGAGAAAGCCUCAGAAAAGGGGAGCAAGAGUUUUGAAGGACUUUGGGCUCUCAGUGAGGUGCUUCUGGGUUAGGCCAAGGAAGCAAUUCUUUCCUUGGUCUCAGAAGGUUUUACAAAAAGACAGGGAGGAAAGGCUGGGGAAGGGGUCCUGGCCCACUUCGGGUCGUUUCCCUUCCACCCCACCAAACGGGGUGACCUCAGGGGGACAUCCCUGCCUGGCUGGCAUGCCCCGGUGGCCUCCGCCCGUCCUGCUGUGCCUUCUGCUGCCUCCCGACCACCGUAGCCCCUCCAUGGCAGUCCAAAGAGGCUACACCAUCCUCAUCGUCCCGCUGAGCACUGCCCUCACCAGCCUGGAGGCCAUACAGUUCUUCUUCUGGCUGAAGCGGAUGCAGGAGCUGGAAAGGGAACGGGACGCUUUGUUGCAAGGCUUGGAAAUGGUGGAUCGGAUGCGUGAUUGGUUUCAGCGUCACCUGUUAGAGGCUCAGAGGCGCCAGAAGCACAUGGGAGCAGAGGCAAGCUAUUUUCCAGAAAACCAGAACCACCUGCUGCUGGCCAAAAUCCAGGAAGUGAAUUUGUGCUUGAAAAACUUACUCACCUCUCCAGGAAAGUCUGAAGUUCCACCUGGUGCUUUUGGAGCUCCUCUCUAUUCACUGGGCAAGAAAGAAUUUCAUCACCAAGCAGUCACUGUCCUUAAGGAACAAAACCACUUGCUGAUCAAGGAAGUGUCUGAAAAGAGUGACCGCAUUGCUCAGCUGGAGCAGGAAAAAGCCGCUCUUUGCCAGCAACUGAAAGAGAGAAGGGGCUACCGACUACCCAGCCAUAAGGAGUCCACCUUCAUUUGACGCACAAGGUCACUUCGGAGGGAGGGUGAACGCCGUCGUGACUCCGCUGUCUGCUCUCUGUGCAACGCCAGGGACAACGCUCCUUUCUCUGAUUCCAAGACCAAAGGAUAAUGUUUUUUCUGGCAAGCCUUUCUGCCUGGAAGAGGGUUUUUUAAAUAUCAUCCUCUUCUUUAAGCCAUUGCAACGGCCAGCAAUUUCUCCCCCAUAAAGUGACUGUAGUACCCUAGUUUUUCAAGGCAACGUAUUAAGCCCUCUAUUUGGGGAGGCAUGCCUAAAAACGUAAUGUGCCCCCUCUCCAAUUUGCAUACCAGCACAUUUUUGUCUGGGAAAAACUUUUUUAAUAGUGGAUGAUGGUGAGGAUGGAAUCAAAGGGCUAUUGGAAGAUUUAUGGAGAAGAACAGGUAGAAAGAAACAAGCAGGAAAAGGAAAACAGCCAUUGCUGUGGGCUACUGAGAUUCAUUUGGGGACUUCCCCUGCUCUGACCCUGGUGCUAUAGCUGUUUCACAGCAGCUGUGAGGUAGAGAACCUCAUUUUUUAAAAAAAUUAGGUUGAUGUACUAGUGUGGAAAAUUUGAGCCUGUGACAGACCUGCAAUAAUGCAGAAUUCCAGAACUCAUGCCCUCGACACCAGUCUUCGUCAUUGGCAUUUAUGUUCUGAUGUCACUUCCAUUUGUAUUUUUUCACCAUCUGCUGUUUCUUAGAAGUUGAGUGAUGUCACUUCCUUUCUCUUCUUCCUGUCCUCCUUGUCCGGGGACCUUGCUCAAGACCCAGAAUUUCUUAAUCCUCUCCUUGGUUGCCAAACCAUGUGGUUUUGCUUUUGAGAACUGUGUAGCACUUUUAAGCGGGAAAUACUUGGCUAUAUUGAUUUAUUUAUUUUAUUUAUUUAUUAGUUUUAUACCCCGCCCAUCUAGACCAAAGUCUAAUCUAUUUAUAUAUUUUGUUCAUCUUUGCAUCAAGGUGGUGAUGAUUAUUCUGCAGUUAGGAAAAUUGAGACCAUGAGGUAUAGGCCCAGAUCUUGUCUCUGGCAGCUUACUUUGUUCCAACAUUAUUUCUGCGAUUCAGAGGACUCGUUGAAUUUUUGUGUGCACAAAACCACAAAUUCUAACAAAUCCAAUGCCGUUCUACUCUUUCCUCCCUUUGGGUCUAGUUUUUCAGGACGUUCUUUCCUUCUUAAUAAUGAUGUUUCUGUCACUCUGAGUGACUGAGCAGAUAGAAAAAGCAAUUGAUAGCAAAAGCUAGGAAGACAUGCAGAUGGAACCCUAAAAAGGGAUGAUGCAUGACUGAUGCCUCGAUCAGUUAAAAUGAUCAGUGGGUAUAAAAUGAGCACCACUUUUUCUGGAGAGCUCCAGCUCAUCAGAUUAAACAGUACCUUUCAAGUUUAUUGUAUUAAAAUACAGAUAUGGUCAAAUAAAAUCAUGAUAAAAUCACAGACAUAUAAAAUAAUAAGAGACCCUUCACAUCUGGGAAUCUCCCACAUAAUUGAUCACAAUGGCUUUCAGAAAAUUAGCUCAAAUAUUUCUGGCCGAUUUUGCAAAUCAAAUUAAACAUUAUUUGGCUGUUCGGACAAAGAGUCAGACUUCGAUCAGGCAGUUUCCUAGUCCUUGGAGAAUGACUGACCCAGGAGGAUAUCUUUUGCUGCCUGAGGAUGAGAAACAAGAUUGCCACCCAACCCAUCCCACUCCCUCAGUCCUAUUUUCAGAAAUUGACUGAAGUCACACUGGCAGUUAGAACUGCAUUUAAGUGUUAUUUAAAUCAAUUUGGAUGUUAUUAUUUUUACACAACACAAGGGCAAAAUUGGUUUAUAUGAGCCGCAAAGCUAGGGUUUUUUUUUUCAACUGGCUGGCAGGGGUUUUUCAAAAUACUUCACUUCUAAAAUCAAUUCAGUUCAAUUUUUUGUGUGUGGAAAUGAGUCCAUUUCAGCAGUGUAAAUGCCAAAACAGGCUUAAAUCACCAGAAAUAAAUCAGCUUCCAUCCAGUGCAUAUGAACCGGUUUAAAUACCGUGCAACUUGAACCUGAUUUUUAAAAAAUCUGAAGAGAAAUCGAUUCUAGUGGCCAGUGUGACCACAGCCUGCCUCAGCUGGCAGUUCAACACUGGAAAAUGUGGUAAGAAUUCAUCCUUAGAACAACAGGAUAGUUGAGAGGGUGGAGAAAGCUUAACUCUGGGUGGAUUUUGGGUCCAUUUUCACAUCUCUCAUCAUCUCCUACUAGUGGCAGCAUCAACCCAGCCUUUUGAGAGAGGCCAAGGGAGGAUUGAUUUGAGAAGGGACUGGUUAAACCACAUCCGAGUUCUCUUAGAAAGGGUCACCCUAAGUCAGAAUCAACUUGAUGGCUCAUAAUUAUUAUUAAUCAGUCCUCUCUGUGGAACACAUACUAGUUGAAGGCCCUUCUGUAAGUACACUGAGAUUACUUAUUGUCCUCGCUAGAGUUGCCAAAAAUCAGACCGUUUUUACCUAUUUCAAUAUUUUUGUCUCAUAUUCAGCACUGAAAUUUUUAAUUAUUUAUUUAUCCAUCACCUUUUAAAAUCUUCCCUUUCCACUAAUAUGCUCAAGAUGAUCUAUGCUCCUGACAACCCUGUAAGAUAGUUCAGCCUAAGAGUUUGAGUAGUCAAUGGUCACCUAGUGAGUUUCACCGUUAGGUGUGAAUUUGAACCCAUGUCUCAAGUUCUUGUCUAACAUCAUAUCUGCCACACCACCAUCUCUGUACUGUUUAAAAAGAAGAGGUGUCAAGAGACUUGUCGGGACUAGGGGCUUUCUUCCUUCUUGACCCUUACAUCCUGAAUCCCAGACUCCCCACCCCAAGCCUCCCAGCUCGGCACAACCUCGUGUUUGUUAAGCGCACAUACUGACAGUGGCACUCUGCAGUCGAAGCAGAGACAAGAACCACCUCCAGGCUCAUGAACCGCGGGCACCCUCUGCUGGAUUGAGAAGCAACUGUUUGUAAAUGAAUGCUAGCCAUCUGUUGACCUCUUUC